GGGUAGUGGUUUCCCUGAAAUCCAGCAGACGGCAACGACGUAAUGAAUUUCUGAUCGCAUGCAUGGGACAGCUUCAGUCGCUAGUCCAUCGCAGAAGAAUUCAGCUGGAUUCUUUUCCAGAUCUAAGCAACUUUCCCCCUGAAGUAGCUGUGUGUGUUUUGUCACAUUUAAAUGCCACAGAUCUUUGUCUUGCAGCCUGUGUUUGGCAACACCUGGCUGAUAAUGAACUACUGUGGCAAAGGUGAGUUGGAAAGUUACAUAUUUUUUAAUAUUUAUUUUGAGUUUGAAAGGCGCGAUGCGGUGGAACCGACCACAGGUGAUUUUAAUUUGAUGUUUGUUUUGAACCGUGGAAUCUCAUUUACAUAGCUGUACUCUGUCAUUUUUAUACAAGGUUUCCCAACAAGUACUUACUAUGCCAAAAGUUACAUGUAAACUCACUUCAUAUCCUUUUUUUUCCUUCUGUAUAUUCUUGUUUGUGAAAAAGGGUUGUUUAUUGCGUUCAGACUGUACGUACUGGUGAUUUUAGAAUCUAAACCAACUUGAGAUAUUAAGUCAGUCUUAAAUGUUUGCUUUGCGAUUCCCUAGAAACACUGAUAAACAUUUACGUCGAGGUGGAUUUUAUACACGUUUUGUCCUAAUCCCAGUUACUAAGAGUAUAAACUGACAACUUUAUUAACGGCUUUUUAUUUGUCGGUUUUUGGGAGAGUUUUGACUCUAUCCACUUUUGACUUAAAAAAAGAAACAUUUGCGACAAAAAUAUCACAUGAAUACGUUUAUAAACGCCAUCGAUCUGUUCAAAACAAUGUUACCUAUUUUAUGUUUAAAAUUUUGACUAGUUCAGUGUUAAAAGUAAGGCAUUUUAUUUAUUUGGAUAAAAGUGUUCCUCGAUAUUAUCAGUUUUAGUUGCACCUUGGAUCAUUGACCAUCAUUUUCUGUGUUCCAUGUGCCACUCAGGCAGCUCAAUGCAUGGUAGUCACAUGUGUUUAUAGACAAGACAGGGUGUAUUUCAUAUUUUGAUAGUGUAUAAAGUACACUAGAGAAAACAUGACCUAUUAAAAUAAUAUUGUUUUUUUUUGUCACUUUGUACUUGCAGUCUUGCCAAAUCCACAUGGGGAUAUGUUUCAGCUUACAAGAGAAAACACCAGGUAACUAAAUGCACUCCCUAGAUGUAACCUCAGGAAGUCUUAGACUGCUUGCAAGCCAUCUUUUCUCUUAAAUCCAUCAAGGUCUUACUCUAGCUACAUACGGUAAUGUUGUUGUUUGCACAUAUCGUUUGCAAUCAAGGCGGUUAACAAAAAGAGAUUGGGACAAGAGUUAAAAAGACAGGCUGUGGACUCUUCUCUAGUAAACGGGCCCUUUGUUGGCCCAGAAACAGAAUAGUCGACUGGUCAAUUUUCCACUGUCCCCUUUUGCAGAUCAUUGACAGUUCUGUGGGUAAGUCUGGCAAGAGCAAAUAAUAAAAAUUAAUAGUUUCAAAGAAAGUUAGUCACAACUGACCAGAAACAAUGACGGAUCCAGUGGUAAUCUCUUAGAAGCUAAAACAUACAGUGAUAUCUUGCCUACGAAGAACAGAUGGAAACCGAGCAUAUGGAUUUAGAAAAAAGUGUAAUUUCUGAGUUUUGUCUUGUCUCUCUUUGUUCUUUGGUUUACACUCUUUUACCACAGCUUGCUGCCUCACUUCUCACUCCUCAUGUGUAUGUCUUUUGCAUGGGGUAACUUUGAAAAGAAAAAAAAGAUUUGGCUCAUGUUAGGUAAUCUAAGCUUUAAGGUCUGCAGAGCCUGGUUUCCUGGAUUUGAUGGCUGAAAAAAGUUCAGUGAUAUGAAUGCUUUUCAACAAAUGUUUCCCUGGCGACAAAUAAAACUGUUGAAGGCAUUUUAUACCCGCCAACCUUUUUACAUUUAUAGGCGUGACAUUUUUUAUCAUAAGAGUGCCAAGAUUUUUCAUAAGGGUCCGAUAAUACCCGAAGAUGUCCGAAGACGUUCCGAAGACUUCCGAAGAUGUUACGAAGAGUUCCGUCUAACACUAACACAGGAACACAAAGGAACAUUGACUUCCCCACUAAUAGAAGAGAAUUCGGAGAAAGUCGAUGAUCCUCAUAGACUUUUCACAAAAAUGUGUCAGUUAAUGCUGUAAUGGCUCAAACUUUUCCACCAGGCAUGACAAAUUGGAACACAGGCAUGAGAACCAAAUUUUCGAUCUGCAGGCGUGACAAUCACGCCUUAUGCAUGACACUUGACAGGUAUAGCAUUUGUUUAGCUCUUGCGGGAACAUUUCUCGUGAAAAGGAUUUGAGGUGAAAUUUUCUUUCUGUAUUUAAAACCAUACUACAAAAAAAACCCAUUUGAUUUAGUUUGAAGCUUAUUUAUGAACAUGUCAGCUGAAUAGAGUAAUGCAAGACCUAAUUUGCAUUUGUAAAAAAGAAAACAUUCAGGUUAAACAGACAAAGAUUUGUCUGUAAAAACUGCCAAUGAAAAUGAAGUUCGUUGCCUUCUUUGUGCUG